GUGUUUUGGGAACAGGGGCCAACAGAAAAGAAACCAAGUAACCAAGAAUACAAAAUCAACCGACUGUCUCGACUGACUUUCAGAACAAUCGAGUGGCGAGUAAUGCAUUUAGGUUCGUCUUGCUAUUCACUUGGUUGGUUUGUUUCACUGACUCACGGACUUUCAUGGGUUGUGCGGUUGUCAACGAAAUGUCAAAACAAUAUUGAGUAUUGACACUAUUUUAAUAUGGAAAUCAUGUGGUAUUUCAAUUUAUUUAUUUGGUGUAGCGUUAACGGUAACUGUAUAUGAAAACUGUACUGCUUUCUAAGAAAUUGGGAAGCCACAAAAGUUUAUUUCAAUAUUUCGACAAAUCUUAAUGAAAGGUAACAGCUGAAAACAUGAGCACACCAAAUGAAAAAGAAGAAACUGAAGAUGACCUGACUGAAAAUGGAUCUCCUGGGAAGAAAGGCGAACUAAACCUCAGUUUAGCUCCAUACGUUUUGUUGGCAGCACUGAGAGUGGUACUGACGUUGGUACCACAAACAGGUUAUGUGCAGCCAGAUGAAUACUUCCAGUCUAUCGAAAUUGUAACAGAAGACAUAUUCGAUGUUGAAGCUUCAAGGCCGUGGGAGUUCAAUGUGACCAAGCCGAUCAGAAGUGCAGCCUUGCCUUACUUGUACGCUGGACUUCCGCUGUUUGUACUCAAGUGUGUGGCCCCCUUCAUAAAGUUGUGGUUCGAGUACGACAUGGUCACACCUUACUUCUUAGUCGUCAUACCACGACUGACUUGUUGUCUGUUGUCGUUCCUGAACGAUUUGUGCCUCUUUAAGAUUUGCAAUAUUUAUGGACAGAACUAUAGAGCAAGACUAUUGACUCUAGCAAGUUCCUACGUGCUGCUAGUGUACGGCACUCGCACAUUCUCAAACACCAUCGAGAUGACUCUUACAUCGGUUUUGAUUUAUUUUGUUGCAGACUGUAUGCAUAGAUCUGAUCAGGUGAUUUAUCAGGAUGAGUACCUGCAAGAGUGUUACAAUAAAGCAGAAAAUAUGAGAGAAAAAGUGAGGUUAAACAGACUUCGAAAGUCACUGCCUGGACAUUCCUUCAGCAGCUGCCUCAUAAUAGCAAGCAUUUCUGUGCUGGGGGUCUUCAACAGGCCGACGUUUAUCGCGUUCGCUUUUACGCCAAUAUUUUUCUGGCUCCAUCGUGGUCUGGGGUCUAAAAAUAUCGGAUUGCCGGAAUUCCACUUGAGAAUAGUCUUGCUGGGUCUGUGUGCAUUGCCAAUGACAGUAUUCCUCAUCUUAGUGGACUCGUUUUAUUUUGGAUAUUUGACUUGGAAUGAAAUUAUACAGAAGAAGAUCAGCCUGGAGAGCAACUUUGUGAUGACUCCGUACAACUUCAUACAGUACAAUGCGUACACGAGCAAUCUGGCGAACCAUGGUCUGCACCCUCGAGUCACACACUUGCUGCUGAAUGUACCCCUGUUGUACAACGUGUUGGGUGUAGCGGCCAUAUGUGCUGUCCUCAGCCUGCUCUACAGGAUUAUCAGGCAGAGAUGGAGUGAGCUACCUCGCAUACAGAGCAUCAUCGGCUUGAUGACAUCGGCAUGCAUCAUUCCCAUCGCUUUGCUCUCCAUCUUCCCGCAUCAAGAACCCCGAUUUAUUAUUCCCAUCACGCUUCCUUUAGUCUUUCUCCAUUCGCAGAGAAUUCGCAACGUCCAUGAUGUCCAGCAGAUUUGUGAAAAACAAGACAAAGGAUUGAAGGUGUUUAUAAAAAAAGAAGUGUCUCAAAACUACAAAGACAAAAUUUUGUCUGUCUGGUAUCUGUUGAAUAUGAUUCUGGUGCUAGUCUAUGGCUUUGUACAUCAAGCAGGAGUUUAUCCGUUGUUAGAUCACAUGUCUGUGGUCAUGAAGGAAAAGCCAAGACUGACAGCCGUUCAUCUAGUCACCAGUUUCGUGUACCCUCUGCCGAUAUCGUUGCUUCGCCUCCAACACGCCAAAACUUUUGUGAUAGAGGGAAGAAGCGGUUUGAAAAGGUACCAAACUGCAAGAGACUUUUUCACAUAUGAAAUGGGUCUGUCAGAUACAGUAGAAAAUGCAGCCAAGAAAGUCAGAGAAGUUGUCGGCACUUCCGAGAAAAUUUGGCAGGAAAAACGUUUGAAGUACAAAGUAUUUUUAGCAAUACCGACCAGUCGCUUAGCUGAAUUUGAAAUCAACGCAUAUAAAAUGAAUAUCACGUAUUUCGUAGAGCAAAUAUUUUACCCUCACGUGGCUACGGAAGCGAUGCCUGACUUCAGUUUGGGGAUGUUCACCAAGUGCGAGGGCUUCACGGAAUCCGAGUGUCAGGCCACCAUAAGCAACCUUUCACUGGACUUUCCACUCCACUAUUUCUCCCACAUUAUCGAUCAGUGUGGCUUGGCUUUGGUUAAAAUCAAUAAAAUUAUCACUUGAUUCAAAACACUUUUGUAAUUGUACAAAAACAAAUUUUUCGCAAAUUAAAAUGUUUUAUAGUAAGGCACUUUAUUUGCAAUCUCACCUAGUGGUGCAAGCUGAAAUACAAGCAAAACACAAGUGCUGAAUUAGAAAAAGCCUUAACUCCUAAUUUCUAACCACUUGUUUCUGCUUUAUAGGAGACAUCUCUGUUAAUCCUCCAAGUGCUAAAACAGCUAAGCUAAUUUAGGAUCUACGUCAUAGAUUUAUUUCAAAAUACCCUUCAAAAUGUUUUGCUGCGGAUUAAUGUAAUAAAUCAAUUUAUCAAGAGUUCCAAUAUUGAUGAUUUAUAUAUAUUUUUUAAAGCAUUAGUGGUGAUAUUUGUAUUGGGCUUUGACUAUGACAAACGUCAAAAAAGGUGCGAAUUACAUCAACAAAAAUAUGUCAUUGCCAUUUGCAAAUACACUCGUCGAUUUCGAUCAACACCAAGCAUUAAAAUUAUAAGAGCUUCUAAAUUAUUAAAGAGGUGUGACAGUCAGCACUUGGAGGGUCCAAAGAGCUAAUAAUAAUAAAUAAUCUAAAGUAGUUCAGUAAUAUUCAAGAAAUAAUAAUUAUUAUUAUGCUUAUUGCUGGUUUUGUAAAAAAUAAAGUUGUUAAGUUUUUU